AGACAAGUGUUCUAACCAUGAGGCCAACGCACCUCCCACCUCCCACUGAUGUUGUAUUAAUGUUUGUUAGUGUAUGUCUUUUUAAGAAAAUAGUGAAAUCCAAGAUGGCAGAUCCAAGAUGGCAGGUCAAAUGAGGUUGUUUGUUUUCAUAUGACACCAUAACCAAAAAAAAGGUGUCAUCUUAUAGAGCAAGCUCAGAGCUAUUUGCUCAAUGGACGUUUAUUUCACUGUGCUUUAACAGAACAAAAACCCAAGGGGAGGGGCUCCAUCCAUCUGUCCAGCCACUUGUUAUACGGUGGGGGUAUGAGUUUGCUUGUACAUCCGAGGGUUGAAAUUAUACUAACUAUAUGUUAAUGAUCGAUCUUAGCAGGCAUCAGGGAGUUAACACAAAGAGGAUCUGGAUGAGGAUUAACAAUAUAACUAAUGACAGACAUUUUGUUCUUUUUUUAAAACAGGUUGUGCAGCUGUACUUUAAAAACAGCACAGUUCCAUAUGUAGAGGAAGGUUCGCCUGACUCGGGGUACUGGAAGAGUGUCAGUCAUGUGUUAAAAGACAUCACAAAUGUUGUAGCAGUUGAGAGUGCUGUGGUGCAUCCAUUGUUGGGAUAUGCAGGGACACUGGAUCUUAUUGCAGAAUAUAAGGGAAAACUAAGUGUGAUUGAUUGGAAGACUUCUGCAAAACACAAAACCAAUCUCAAGGACUGCUACUCAUAUCCUCAACAAAUUGUCGCUUAUGCGGGUGCUGUGAAUUUUGAUGAGAACUACCCUUUUCAGGUCUGUGAUGGAGUGAUAGUUAUCGCAUAUGAAAAUGGUGAUCCGGCAGAUAUCCAU